AUGUCGUCCACCACGAAGGUGUCUCGGAUUGGAGAAGAGCUCUGGAAGACGAGGGUUGACAAGGUUAAUGCGGAGUUGGUUACCUUGACUUAUGGAACGAUUGUCGCGCAAUUAUGUCAGGACUACGACAGCAACUAUCAGGAGGUCAACAAACAGCUGGACAAAAUGGGCUAUAAUAUCGGUAUGCGACUGAUUGAAGACUUCCUGGCUAAGUCUGGUAUGGGCCGAUGCGCCAACUUCCGAGAGACAGCAGACAUGAUCUCAAAGGUUGGCUUCAAGAUCUUCCUGAAUAUCACGCCUACAGUCACGAACUGGACGAGCGACAACAAUCAGUUUUCUCUCAUUUUCGAUGAAAACCCUCUGGCAGACUUUGUGGAGCUCCCGGACGAUGGAAGAGCACAAGAUGAACUGUGGUUCUCCAAUAUUUUAUGUGGUGUUUUAAGAGGCGCACUCGAAAUGGUUCAAAUGCAAAUCGAGGCCCACUUUGUCAGCGAUAUUUUAAGAGGUGAUGAUACCACGGAGAUGCGAGUAUCAUUGGUCCGAUACAUUGAGGAUGAGAUGCCGCCGGAUGAGGAAUGA